AUGCCGGACCCACGCGUCACCGUGACGCUUGUCCCCCUUUUCGAAGACACCCACCCUCUACGUACCCUCACCCUCACGGACAAUGACAUAACCGUUGCGAUCGGACGUGCCUCAAAGCGGGAAACUCGAAAACGGAGUCCUGCAGCAGAGAACGCUUGGUUUGAGUCUCGGGUCAUGUCUCGUGACCAUGCCUUUCUUAACAUACCGCCAGACCAAAAUAUGGUUUUCAUCUCCGACUGUGGCUCAACACACGGAACCUUUCUGAAUGAUUCCAAACUGGUGACAGAUGUGAAUACCCCACUGUUCAGUGGAGAUAUCAUCCGAUUUGGUGUCGAUGUCGACCGUGGCCAGGAAGUCUUUGAGGCCAUCUCAGUCCGCUGCAAGGUUGAGUGGCUCAAAGCCCAGCGUGUGGUCAUUCCACAUGAUGGAGUUGCUAUCAAACUAGAUCCAAGCCCCUCAACCAACAGUUUCUCUGUUCCCGAAGACGAUAGCGAUAUCGAGCCUGCUGACUUCCCUAGUGAUGACUCUUCUAAAGAGUCUGUUGCUCGAUCUUGGGAAACUACUGUUAUGCAGCCUGCGGAUACAUCUCUAGUCUCUCCUGUCUCGAGUGUCCAGAACGACGAAUAUCCAAAGGACGAACCGGAGGUCCAUCCAGGACGCUUGUCUCCAAUCGAUGAGUCUAUCACAAAAGUUGUGCCCGGCCCUACCCUACUGGUCCCGGAGCUUCUCAGUCCGCUGUCCGAUUGCAAUCCGGUCUCCGACACUAAACUCUCUCCUGCCAAACCGGUCUCAGAUGCCAUGAUAUCUCCCACAAAACCAGCCUCUACCGAAAUUCCAUCUGCCCAACAAGCAAAUGACGCAAAUGACCUCCCUGCAGUCUGUUACCAGAAGGUACCCGAAGUCCAUUACAGCAACUGGACCAUGAUGCGGCCCAUGUUCAUGCGCCUGGCAGACAUGGCUUGGGGUGAAUCCAACAUAAUACCCGACGUUGACCACGAUAGGCGCAUCAUCCACGCUGCACGCCGUUGUUCUCUUUCCAAAGAUUCGUACUGGGUAGAUGAUUCCCCUAGCUUCCAACCUUGCGUUGGGACAGAAGUCCAUUGGGAGCCGGACUCCGAGGAAUCAGACACUUCGUUCCAUCGUAUGCCUGGCAGCCUUCUUAGGUACUGGUCAGUCGAUAAGCGAAGGUAUUGGAUCAUCUACGAAGAGGAAGAUGGUCAGCAUGUGAGCAAUUUGUGGUGGAUCGUUGAAAAGCCACUGGAGCUUCUCAGCGAAGAUUUGAAGCGCCAGCUCGAGACUGGAACCGAGGUUGAUGAUUGUCACAAAUGCUGGAUCGUGAGGGCUUGGGAGCCCCAAAUGAUCGGAAAUCGGUGGUGCAAUGUGGCUCCUUACUGGGAUCCGAAUUUCGACAAAAAUUGGCUCGCUGAUGACGAGUCCGUUGAUUCAGACGAAGAAGCCCAGGGCAGUGAGGGGUACAUCUCUGAGUCAGAUGGUCUGAGUGAUUCGAUCUCUGAGAACUACGCCCACUAUCCGUAUAGGAUGUUCGACAGCAAAUCGAUUAACGGAGCUGGCAGUGAAGUGUCGGCUGAAGACUCUGAGGAAGACGACGAUAAGGAAGAUGAUGACGAGGACUUGGAGGAAGUUGAUGAGGUGUCUGAUGAAUCCGAAAAUGACUCUGAUUGUUCCUCAGAUGAUGAGCGUCUUGAGCACCGCAUUCCACAGAAGUGUAUCUAUCCCCCGCUUGGUUUGGAGUAUGCAAAGAAGCUUGAACGCACCAACCACACUGAUGCCGUCGAAGUGUCCAAGCAUGAUCUCGAGGAAGCUGGCCCUGAUCGACUGUGCCACGAGGCUCUUCUGGAUCAGCCGCCGAACCCCACACUGAAGAGCAAACCAUUGAUGCCAGAGACUGCCCCUGGUAUGACGAACCCAGGCGCUCGGUUCCCGACACACACUGUUUCUGGUGAGCUGCCAAGCUCAUGCCAGAACAAAUACCCACCAAUGCAACGGAAGAUUGAGAGCACCGUUGGGUUACCGUCCUUCUCCCAUGAAUUCGAGAAUUGUUAUCAUGAUGGACCAUUCUCGACCAGUGCACCCUUGGAAGAUGUUUGUGUGCCCUACCUGGCAACAUCUAAAAAAUCAAGUUUGAAGCGUACUGCAACAGAGAUGCAAUCGUCAUCUCUUGAACCCAGUCUUUCUCAGGAUGCUCAGCGGCUACCUGUAGAGCCCAUCAGUCAGCCAGAUCUCGACCUUAACACAAUUUCCUCUGAAGCCAAGGAUGCGAUCAGCUCCGCACUUGCCGAAAAUGUGUCUGCAUUUGCUGAGAAUGAGCGUCCCGCGAAGAGAAUGAAGUCUAACCACUCAGCUUCAAAGUCCUUGGCGAGCCACGCCACCACGGCCGUCGUCAGUGCUCUGCUGGGUGGUCUCGGAACCAUCGCCGUGCUAGCAGCGUUGCCCAAUGAAUACUUCCAGUGA